UUUUGGAAUCCAUUCCAAUCACGCUUAAGCAUUUUCAUAUCAAAGCUUUUCAGAUUCAUUCCCAAAAUUCGAAAGACAAACCACCCAAAUUUGAUCGCCCCACAAUCCCAUGGAUCUCCUCCAGUCCUACAGGGACCAAAACGAAGACGAAUUAGACGAUGCGGCGGAGGACCAAAACCAAAACCCUAGCUCCUACCCGGACUCGUUGCCGCCCCGCCUCCUCGCCGGCAAAUCCGCCGCCCCAAAAGUUGACGACACAAUGCUCUCCCUAACGGUUGCCGCCGCCGCCCACCGCCGCGACCAGUCGAAGCCCAUCGACCCGACACAGCACCUUGUCGCCUUCAACCCUACAUACGACCAGCUGUGGGCCCCAAUCCAAGGCCCUUCCCACCCCUACGCCAAGGACGGCAUCGCCCAGGGCAUGCGCAACCACAAGCUCGGCUUCGUCGAGGACGCCUCCAUCGAGCCCUUCGUCUUCGACGAGCAGUACAACACCUUCCACAAGUACGGCUACGCCGCCGACCCCUCCGCCUCCGCCGGAUUCAACUACGUCGGCGAUGUGGACGCUCUGCGGCAGAACGACGCCGUUUCCGUCUACAACAUCCCCCAGCACGAGCAGAAGAAACGGAAAUUGGAGAAGAAGAAGGAAUUGGCCGAAGACGGUGAUCAAAACGGCGAUGAGAUCGAUCAGAGCGAGGUCGAUAAUCCGGCGACCGAAUCGUGGCUGAUGAAGAACAGGAAGAGCCCUUGGGCUGGGAAGAAGGAAGACUUGCAGACGGAGCUGACGGAGGAGCAGAAGAAGUACGCAGAAGAGUACGCCAAGAAGAAAGGCGAGGAGAGAGGUGGCGGAGAGAAAGGUGAGGCUUUUGCUGAUAAGACGGCUUUUCAUGGUAAAGAAGAGAGGGAUUAUCAAGGCAGGUCUUGGAUUGCGCCUCCCAAGGACGCCAAGGCCACGAACGAUCAUUGUUAUAUACCGAAGAGAUUGGUUCACACAUGGAGUGGCCACACAAAGGGCGUUUCUGCUAUUCGGUUCUUCCCCAAAUAUGGACACUUGAUUCUCUCUGCUGGGAUGGACACCAAGAUCAAGAUUUGGGACGUUUUCAAUACCGGUAAGUGUAUGAGAACUUACAUGGGUCAUUCUAAAGCUGUUCGCGAUAUAUGUUUUUCUAAUGAUGGGACUAAGUUUUUGAGCGCUGGUUAUGAUAAGAACAUUAAGUAUUGGGAUACUGAAACUGGGCAAGUGAUUUCAACUUUCUCUACUGGGAAGGUUCCUUAUGUUGUUAAGCUUAAUCCGGAUGAGGAUAAACAGAACAUUUUGUUGGCUGGGAUGAGCGAUAAGAAGAUCGUUCAGUGGGAUAUGAACACUGGACAGAUAACGCAAGAGUAUGAUCAGCAUUUGGGUGCUGUGAAUACCAUCACGUUUGUCGAUAACAAUAGGAGGUUUGUUACUUCGAGUGACGACAAGUCGCUGCGCGUUUGGGAAUUCGGGAUCCCGGUGGUGAUCAAGUACAUUAGUGAGCCUCACAUGCACUCCAUGCCGGCGAUUUCGCUUCACCCGAACUCGAAUUGGCUUGCUGCGCAGAGUAUGGAUAAUCAGAUUCUUAUUUACAGCACUAGGGAGAAGUUUCAGCUUAAUAAGAAGAAGAGGUUUGCCGGGCAUGUCGUUGCCGGCUAUGCUUGCCAAGUUAAUUUCUCGCCGGAUGGUCGAUUUGUUAUGUCCGGAGAUGGUGAGGGUAGAUGCUGGUUCUGGGACUGGAAGACUUGCAAAGUGUUCAGAACUCUCAAGUGUCAUGAGGGUGUGUGCAUUGGGUGUGAGUGGCAUCCGUUGGAGCAAAGUAAAGUGGCAACAUGUGGCUGGGAUGGCUUGAUCAAGUAUUGGGAUUAGCUGUUUCUCAUCUUAGUUAGCCAUGGUGCAUUCUCUGUUGGUCAAUCCGUCCAAGACCUUCAGGAAGACGUCCAAAUUGGGGUGAGAAAGCAGAUGUGUUAAACAUUGUCAAAUAUGCCGGUGCUGAUCUUUCAAUAUUUUUAUUGUAUCAUCACCACACUCCCAUCCAGUUGUGCUGAAAAUAUACUUGCAAUAGAUUUUAUCUUAGCUUUUAUGCUUCCAUCUUUGUAGAUUAAAAGUUUCUAGUUAAUUUUUUUUUUCCUUGAAACUUUUACUUCUGUUCUUAAUCCUGCUGAUCUGAUGAUACAUCAUCCUUUUGUCUCAACAACAUCCAGCUAUGCUGAAAUAUACUUGCAAUAGAUU